UGAGUCGUGGGGGAAGGAAAAAGAAUACGCUGGCGUCACUAUUGCAGAACAAAGAAUCGAGAAAUGUGCUCAUUCGUGUUAAAGAAAAAUAAAUAAAUAAUCGUCCAUCGUUAAGAUUCUGUUAUUACUGUAAGUCCUUGUUAAGGUCGAAUGUUUCCAUGAAAGCGUGAAGGCGGAGGAUAAAAAGAAGUUUCUCGUUUGCAUGUGGGUCACUUCGUUGUAGUUAAAGAUGGCUUCCACUAAUGGCGAUACAAGCUCUGUUAUCACAUCUUCAAAUCUGUCGUCAUCUGUGGCUAUGUCACAAGUUAGUACAACUGAAACUACUGUCUUAACAGCAUCUAUGUCCAAUUCGACUGCAUCUACCACAGAAUCUCAGUCAACGACGACCAUUACAACUGGCAGACAGAUUUCGCAGCCAUCGACCACUGGCGAAAUGAGUCGAAGCAACACAAUGCAACGAAUCGCCCAUAAAAAGGCCAUGGUGAAAGGUUAUCCCCGACCCAAGAAACUUGAGAAAUUGGCUGUGUACUCCUCCUGCAAGACAGAAGGUUGUAACUGUAACGGAUGGAAGAACCCCAAUCCUCCACCAACUCCUCCACGUGUUGAUGUUUCUCAGCCCCUUGCUAGUCUCACAGAUCCUUGCCGUAGCUGCAGCCACACCCUUGGAGCUCAUGUAUCUCAUUUAGAAAAUGUUGCUGAAGAAGAGCUGAAUCGCUUGCUGCGAAUUGUAGUUGAUGUUGAAAAUCUCUUCAUGUGUGUUCAUAAAGAGGAAGACACAGAAACCAAAAGGGUUUAUUUUCAUUUAUUCAAAUUAUUACGAAAAUGUAUCAUGAACAUGUGCAAACCAAGCAUUGAUAUGGCUAUUGGAACACCUCCGUUUGAAAAACCAAGUAUAGCUAAGGGUGUAACAAAUUUUGUACUCUAUAAGUUUGGUCAUUUAGCUCAGAAAGAAUGGCAGACAAUGUAUGACCUUGCUAAAAUGUUCCUACAUUGUAUGAAUCACUGGAAAUUAGAGAACCCCACAUUACAUACACAACAUACUAACAUGGAUGACCGAAACAAUUACCAAAGCAAUUAUACAAGGUGGCUGUGUUAUUGUCAUGUACCAGCUUUAUGUGAUAGCCUUCCACGUUAUGAGACCACAUUGAUAUUUGGGCGCACCUUGUUACGGUCAGUAUUUGAAACAAUGCGCAGACAGGUUCUCGAUAAAUUCCGGGCUGAGAAAGAAAUGAUGCCACCAGAGAAAAGAACAUUAGUCCUAACUCAUUUCCCAAGGUUUCUGUCUAUGUUAGAAGAAGAAGUUUAUGGCAACAAUUCCCCUAUAUGGGAUCCAGAUUUCUGCCAGAGUACUACUGGGAUGUCAUUAUCACCUUCUAGAAUUUCAGGAAAUGCUUUCAUCGCAUCCACUAAUGCUUCCACAGUUGGAGGUGUAAACCGUUUCACCAAUUCCACGCCCACUACAAGUACAGCUUCAGGUACUGAGGGAUCCAAUACAGUAAAAUCAAAUUAUUCAACCCCAACCAACAGCCAUCCAACCAAAACAAAAGAUGGUGGUACUGGCGAUAAACGACACCUAGAUGAGAUUCAAACUUCAGAAGUGAUCAAAAAGAGAAAAAUUGAAGGAGAUGUUGACCAAGAACUAGUUGCCGAAAUUGUCUCAUUGAUUACUGAUCCUGAACAUAUGGUGGGGCCAGAUAAGACCUUGUUUCCCACUCAUGCUGCUCGUGAUGAAAUUGCCCGACAAGAAGAAGGUAAAGGAGUGAUUGAGUUCAAAGUUAUGGCUAAUACAUUCACUGAACGUCCAAGUCGAGAACAACUUAUCUGGUUGAUUGGUCUUCAGAAUGUUUUCUCCCACCAACUACCCAGAAUGCCUAGAGAAUAUAUUACCAGACUGGUGUUUGACCCGAAACAUAAAUGUUUGGCAUUAAUUAAAGAAAAUAGAGUCAUUGGUGGAAUUUGUUUCCGGAUGUUUCCAACUCAAGGCUUUACUGAAAUUGUCUUUUGUGCUGUUACUUCUAAUGAGCAAGUGAAAGGAUAUGGCACUCAUAUGAUGAACCACUUGAAAGACUAUCAUAUUCAACAUGGUAUCCUUCAUUUUCUCACAUUUGCGGAUGAAUAUGCAAUUGGUUAUUUCAAAAAGCAGGGCUUCUCAAAGGAUAUCAAGUUACAAAAAUCUGCCUAUUUAGGUUAUAUCAAAGACUACGAAGGAGCAACUCUUAUGGGCUGUGAACUAAAUCCCCGUAUCCAUUAUACAUGCUUUUCACAAAUAAUUCGCCGACAGAAAGAGAUCGUCAAGAAGAUUCUAGAGAAAAAACAAGAACUUCAAGACAAAGUGUACCCUGGUAUCAGCUGCUUCAAAGAGGGUGUCCGUCAAAUUCCAGUGGAAAGUAUCCCAGGAUUACUGGAAGCUGGAUGGAAAACUAGUCCUAAUAACAAUAUUCAGAAAGAGCCUGAUCCUGAUCCUGAACGGCUACAGUCAGUUCUAAAAAUGAUUCUUUUGCAAGUGAAGAAUCACCAGAGUGCCUGGCCAUUUCAAAAACCUGUAGAUAAAACAGAAGCUCCUGAUUAUCUGGAACAUAUCCGCUUUCCUAUGGAUCUGAAAACAAUGAGUGAUCGUUUAAAAAAUCGUUACUACUGCAACAAGAGGCUUUUUACUGCAGACAUGACCCGAAUUUUCACCAACUGCCGUGCCUACAACCAGCCUGACACUGAUUAUUACAAGUGUGCCAAUACAUUGGAUAAAUUUUUCCAAAGUAAAUUGAAAGAAUACAAUCUGUGGGACAAGUGAACCAUGCUGGGCAUUCCAGUUCAGAUCCUUCCAAAUCUCUGUAAAGAAUGUGAAUGCCUAACAACUUAAGCAUGAAAGCUGUUAAGAACAGAGUUGUUAGUGGAAAGCUGCCACAUGCCUUAGUGCUGAUCAGGAACAGCAGUGGGGCAGCGUUCAGCAAGGAAGUAUACCAUUGUUGAUUCUGUUAUAGCUCUUUGCUGUCCCUAUAGCUAACUGCUAUGUCUGAAUCAAGACUCAACUAUUUGUACAAAUCUCAACCAUUUGUACAGCAGCUACCAAUGUAACCUACACAAAUUGACCAGUGCCAUUGUGAAAUAUAUAUUUUGUUAAAUCAAAUUUGAAUUUUAAGACUCUUCAACUUCAUAAUGCCAUUCUGGUGUUUCAAUUCUUUUUCAUAGAUCAUAACUUUCCAAGACUUCAUACAUUGUUAGAGAGAAACUGAUUUGUUGAAAGAGAAAUAGUUUUUCACUUCAUUAUUUGACAAUAAUAAAUCAUUUUGUAUAUUUCCACAUCA